CAGAUGUUGAAGAGUGACCCAUGCAGUCUGGAUGGCCUCGCAGAGAUUCCCUUCCUCCGCGGACUCCAUUUCCCACCGUUCAGAGCGCCGUGUCUAUUGCUAACUAGAAUACAAGAAGUUCCUAUCUGGCACAGCAAGACCUGAAAUACCUGCAGUGGUGAACUCCAUCUGCUGAGGUUAAUUGCAUAAAUUCCCCACCAUGCAUUGGAUCUGCCCCUUCUUCGCAAAAGCUUCCUACAGGAGUCGGCACCUGCCAGUGCGGUUAUGCAUCCUACGGGCCUUUUCCAGUCAUCUCCCAAACCAGGUGAUUGAAGAUGUAAUAAAUCGGCCAUCGUCACAGCUGGGAACUGCCACAGAAAAAGGAAACGUGAUUAUAAAAACUGCCAAAGGCACCAGGGAUUUUAGCCCAAAGCAGAUGGUCAUUCGAGAAAAAAUCUUCAGCACCAUAAUCAGCUGCUUCAAACGUCAUGGAGCUGCAACAAUAGAUACCCCUGUGUUUGAGCGGAAGGACCUCUUGUUGGAUCACUAUGGGGAGGAAUCAAAGCUGGUUUAUGACCUGAAAGACCAAGCGGGAGAGUUGCUGUGUCUUCGCUAUGACUUGACUGUGCCAUUUGCUCGUUAUUUGGCCAUGAACAAAGUUUCCCGUUUUAAGCGCUAUCACAUUGCAAAAGUCUACAGACGUGAGAGCCCAUCAUUGGCAACGGGACGCUACAGAGAAUUCUGCCAGUGUGAUUUUGACAUUGCUGGCCAAUAUGAUCCCAUGAUUCCUGAUGCAGAAUGUCUGAAGGUCAUGCACGAGAUCCUAAGUUCCCUGCAGUUUGGAGAUUUCCUCAUCAAAAUCAAUGAAAGACGUAUUUUGAAUGGGAUCUUUACAAUAUGUGGUGUUCCCAGUACCAAAUUUGAAACAGCUUGCAGCACCCUUGACAAGCUAGGCAAGGUGACAUGGAAGGAAGUGAAAAAUGAGAUGGUUGAAGAGGAUGGGAUUUCUCCAGAUGCUGUAGAUCGCAUUGGUGAAUAUGUUCAGCUCCAUGGGGGGACAUGUCUGAUUGAGAAGCUACUUCAGGAUCCAAAGCUCUCGCAGAGUAAGCUGGCCAUAGAAGGACUGGAGGACAUGAAGUUGCUGUUUGAAUACCUUGCCCUGUUUGGAAUCAUAGAUCAGGUAACCAUGGACCUGAGUCUGGCUCGUGGUCUAAAUUAUUACACUGGAGUGAUCUUUGAGGCUGUGCUGCUGCACCAAGAAAGUGACGCAAAGGAGUCUCUCAGGGUGGGCAGUGUGGCUGCCGGUGGACGCUAUGAUGGGCUUGUAGCAGAAUUUGACCCCAAAGGGAAAAGGGUGCCCUGUGUAGGAGUGAGCAUUGGUGUCGAAAGGAUCUUUUCCAUCCUAGAACGGAAUGCUGAGGUGUCCAAGGAGAAGAUCCGCACGACGGAGACGGAAGUGCUGGUGGCAGCUGCUCAGAAGAACUUCCUUGCGGAGAGAAUAAAGCUAAUCUCUGAACUGUGGGGUGCUGGCAUCAAGGCGGAGAUGCUGUAUAAGAAAAACCCCAAACUUCUGGACCAACUUCAGUACUGUGAAAAAAAUGGGAUCCCACUUGUUCUCAUCAUUGGGGAGGAGGAGCAGAAAGACGGAGUUGUGAAACUUCGGGAUGUCACUAGCAGGAAAGAGAUCAUUAUUCCUAAGGAGAAUUUCAUAGAGGAGAUCAAAAAGAGGUUGGAAGAAUAGAGCCCUUGCAUUUCAUUUCAUUUCCCUUUUUUAAAUCUGGCCGCUGUGUGCCCUCAGAGAAUUUUGCUGGUCCGUAAAGCCACCUGGAGUUAUUCAGCAUUUUUGAAGAACUGGACUUUUGGGAAACUUGGAAUACAGAACAGAUGAGGCAAUGCUUUUAUUGGGACAAAUAACAUUUUAGAAGCCGAAAGCAAGUUUUCACAUUGCAUUCAGUUGCCACCUUUUCCCACCCUGUUUUUGUGCCUUUAAUGAUGGUUCGGGAGAUUCCCAGGUUUUGAGACUAUUUAAUAGGAAUUUGUUUGUGGAAUCCAAAUCUUCUGUGUCUGGGGAAUAUAUUGUAGUUUUGACCCUAAAA